AUGAGCCAUAUAUACCAACCCACAGAUGUUGUGCUAGCUAAGGUCAAGGGAUAUCCUGCUUGGCCUGCAAUGGUGGUACCGACUGAGCUCAUACCGCAACACAUACUAAGGUUGAGACACCAGCAGUCAGCGAAGCAGAAACCUGCUGCUGACGAAGAAAUACGAGAUGAUGAACAAGCUGAUGAGCAAGAGGACGAGAAUCCAGUUAACUACAUCUUUUACUCUAAUAUCCUAAAAUUUCGGAAAUUCGAUAGUCCAUGUCAGCAGUACUGUGUCAAGUUCUUUUGUGAUGAUUCCUACAUAUGGGUCAAACCUGCAGAUUUAAAGCCAUUAACCAUCGAGGAUUGUCAGAAGUGGUUGGCUAAACCGAGAAACAAAAAAUUGAUCCCUGCUUAUGAAAUGGCCAGCAGAGGAUCGGAAGGCAUUGAUGUCUGGGAGUUUAUAGAAUACGGGUCGGCCGGCAAACCGGAAGAGGAGGCCUACGAAGAGCCUUACGAGGACGAAGAGGACAUUACAGGGGAGGAGAGUAGUGUAGAAUACGAAGAUGAAUCGUCAGGAGAAAGGCAGAGGCCAUCAAGAACCUCAGCAAGACAAAAGAAAAAUAGAGAGAGUAAGAGCACCCCGAAUAGAAGAAGCAUCAGAUCCCGCAAACGAGCGGACGAGAGGGAAGAUGAGGAUCUAGACAGCGAUGAAGAGAUACUGGAGCCCAAAGCGAAAAGAGCAAAGAUUAAGUCAAAGGCGAACAAAAAGCGGCUUGUAGUCAAAUAUAAGUUCGAAGACGACGAGGACUGGACACUUGUUGGCAGGGGACCACAGGACCUGUCUGUACAGGACAAAGUUAGUCCUUUCGUCAAUAAACUAUCUCAGAAAAGAAACAUGGAAUGGCAUUUAGAAACCAAACUGGAGCUAGUUGAUAGAGUUAAUGGAGUUAAUAAACUUUUACUCGAUAUACUGACUUCCAAUGAGGAAAGAGAUACCGCAAACUUACGUGAAGACUGCGAAAUUGUCUUAGAUGAAUUGAAUGUUGCCUUAAGUACGAAAGGAGCUAAUGACGAGUUUGCUACGGUUUUCCAAUCAAGUGCAGAAUUGUUGUCGUAUUUCAGGCUAUUGUUUAACAUGAAAAGCAAUGACUUAAAAGACUGGAGAUUGUGGGAUCAAUUUCAGCACUGUUUCGCCUUGAUUUACGGCCAUGAGUUUAUUCCUGACAACGAACAAUGGACGGCUCAGAAGACUCCACCGGAGGAAGACGGGACUGCAACUAGUACUGUUGCGAAAUGCCAAACGCUUGAAGAACAAGAUGGUCUCAAGCAAGAGAUAGAAACCUGA